AUGACCGCUACGGAGUUGCGCAUCUACAAGUCGCUAUACCCGCCGCCACCUCCAUUGCCCACGCCGAACCACUAUGACUUCCUUCUGAACCGACCAGACCAGGCGACGUGGCCCGACUACACGGUGUACAUCGAUGGCAUAACCGGCGAGCGUAUGCGAUUCAGCGCCUUCAAGGCCAGGGUGGAUGCCUGCGCGAUAGCGGUCGUAGCGCAGCCAAAUCGCGGCGGUCUAGGGAUCUAUCCGGGCUCAAACGAACGGGUCGGUGUGCUCUGCGAGAACUGCAUCGACUUCGCAGUGAUUGCACUCGCACUACUUAAGGUCGCCCUUCCGGCCGUCUACCUCCCAUCAUCAUCUCCUGCUGCCGAAGUCUGUACCCUGGCGAAGACAUCGAGGGUCACACGGAUAUUCUCCAGCCCGCGCCUGCUGAGCAUCGCACAGGCAACUGGAUUACCAGACGGUCAGAUCUAUGUCAUGAACGGACGCGCACGGCGGCGAAGGGGUUUGGAUGAGGCCAUCGAACGCGUUCAGACUUACGGGAUCAACAUGCCUUCGGUGAAGGUCACUGACGAGACGCUGGCGUACAUGGUGUUUUCGAGUGGAACGAGCGGCUUGCCAAAGGGGGUGAUGAUCUCGCACAAGAACUUGUUCGCCUCGGCACUAUCAGCUCUGACCUUGGUGCAAGAAGUGAAGAAGGUGCACACACCCACCCCACCCGAAAACGAAGAAGGCAUACCUAUCAACAUCAUAGCCACACCCUUAUACCAUGCUAUGGGCCUACAUAACGGCGUACUUCGGCAUUUCUACACGCCACAGACGUCUAUUGUGAUACCCAAGUGGGACGUCGACCUGUAUGUGCGCCUGAUGGAGAAGUACAGGGUCACCUCUAUGUCAGUCGUACCAGCGAUAGCGCAUCAGCUGGCGAAGCACAAGGGCUUCCGCGAGAUGGAUCUCAGCUCGCUCAAGACCGUAGGCUAUGGAGCCGCUCACACGCCGGAUGAGCUGAGGCAUCGCCUAACGAAGAGGAUGAAGCUGGAUUGGAUUGUGGAGGGAUAUGGUCUUUCCGAAUGCACACUUGCAGCCGUCGGAAUGCCCUUCAAAGGCACCUUGGACGGACGCGCACCAUGCUGGGUAGCCGGAAUGACCGGCAUCUUGCUUCCCGGCAUGGAAGCCCGCAUCGUACGUGACGAUGGCACGGAUGCAGACGCUGGCGAGCCAGGCGAAAUAUACCUGCGCGGUGGCACGAUCGCGUUGGGCUAUUGGAACAACGAGCCUGCAACGCGCGACGCGUUCUUGCCAGGCGGCUGGCUGCGUACGGGCGAUCGAUUCCGUGCAGACGCCGAAGGUCGAUUCUUCUACGUGGACCGCAUGAAAGACACACUCAAGGUAUCAGGCGUUCAAGUAUCUCCAAGCGAGAUUGAAAUCGUCCUCCUCGAGCAUCCCGCACGGCUCAUCUCCGAUGUUUCCGUCGCAGGCGUGCCGGGCGUGCGGAUGUCGGAUGAGAAGGUGCCCCGUGCAUGGAUUGUGUUGUCUGACGCGGGCAACAAGCGUGGCGCGGAGAACGUCGUGCGCGAGCUUGACGCGUGGGUGAAGAAGCAACUCAGCAAGCCGAAAUGGGUCAGGGGAGGAUUUCAGGUCGUCGACGAGAUACCGAAAUCACCGACCGGUAAGGUUCUAAGACGGGUAUUACAGGAGAGGGACAGCAGCCUUCGUGGGGGCGGGAAGCAGCUUGCCAAAUUAUGA